UUGAUCUCUUUAUUCAUAAGUUACUUAUUUUGGUUACGAGUUCUUUCAUGGUGGAGAAAAUACGACGGCUUUGCUAUCCUAUCUUCUUCUUCGGUUCUUUAGUGGGACUCUCAAACGUUAAAAAGAAAACCCCAUCCAAAGCAGAGUAGCAGAAAACCAGCACACAAAUGUCGACAAUUUCCGCAACACAAAAAUUAUUAUUAUUCUCUACACCUUCUCUUUCACCUUCUACUUUCUCUAAAUUCUUUCUUUCAACUCCCUUACUUUUACCUAAAUUACAUUUCUACCCCUCCCCUCUCACUUCUUCUUCUUCUUGUCCUUCAAGGACAAAAGCGUCAUGUUCAAAAUCUUCUGAAGGAGAAGAAUUAUCUGAGACACUUGACGAAUGGCUACAGAAAUUACCUGAUAAGAAGAGGCCUUUGUAUUCUCAUAGUUUACCAUGUAUAGAAGCAUGGUUGAAGAGUUUGGGGUUUUAUCAAAGUAGAGAUGAUAGAGCUGUUUGGUUUGUUGAAAAUACUGUUUGGAAGGCUCAAUUGUCGCUCGAUAUCACUGAACUUUUUAUCAGGUAUCUAAAGAGUGGACCUGGAAAUCUUGAGAAAGAUAUAGAAAGAAGAUUCAGCUAUGCACUGAGUAGGGAAGAUAUUGAAAAUGCCAUACUUGGAGGUCCAUAAGGACACCAUUUUAUGUGCAUAUGUUAGUUAGCGUCAGCGCUUCCAUCUGAAUUCCAAGCAACUCUAAUGGACUAAAGUUCCCCAAGAACUCAUAUAGAUACACAUACAGUGGGAUCUGAAUUCUUUUAGGAAGAGGAUAUGUAGAGAUAUAUGUGGGUUGGAUCAAGUUUAAGUUUCAUAAUGAUUUAUGGGAAACAUUGUUUACCUUCAUAAUUAUCAUUUCUAUUGCUGUUUUCCGUUCAGUAUAAAAUUGAUAAGAGCGGGAUUUUAGACUAGUUUUCAUAUUGUUGUUAUAACACUUCAUAUUGUCAGAAUUCCAUGGUUCUUUCCCUUUUUUUUCUUUUUAAAAAAACUUAAAUGACUUUUUAUUACUUGAUUA